AUGCCACCGAAGAAGAUGCUGCAACAGAUGGAGGGGUAUCACCUCCCUAAAAAUGAUACCGAGGAAGCAGGCCUCGUUAAUAAAUGUGCAACAGAACAAAACCCGAACAAAACAUGCGCUGAAAGCUCAUACAAUAGUGCUACACAAAAUUGCCUUACACAAAAUGCUACAUAUGAUGCCGAUGCCUCAAAUGCCAAUGACUCAAAUGCCAAUGCCUCAAAUGCCAAUGCCUCCUAUGCCAAUGCCUCCUAUGCCAAUGCCUCCUAUGCCAAUGCCUCCUAUCCCAAUGCCUCCAAUGCCAAUGCCUCAUAUGCCAAUGCCUCCUAUCCCAAUGCCUCAUAUGCCAAUGCCUCCUAUCCCAAUGCCUCCUAUGCCAAUGCAAAUGCCAAUGCCAAUGCCUCAUAUGCCAAUGCCAAUGCCUCAUAUGCCAAUGCCUUAAAUGCCAAAUAUGCCAAUGCCAAUGCCUCAUAUGCCAAUGCCUCAAAUGCCAAUGCCUCAUAUGCCAAUGCCUCAUAUGCCAAUGCCUUAAAUGCCAAUGCCUCAAAUGCCAAUGCCUCAUAUGCCAAUGCCUCGUAUGCCAAUGCCAAUGCCAAUGCCUCAUAUGCCAAUGCCUUAAAUGCCAAUGCCUCAAAUGCCAAUGCUCAAAAAGAUCAAAAUGCUCAAAAAGACCCAUAUGCCAAUGAGAACAAUGUCAGUGAUAACAAUGAUCCUGAAAGCUAUGACCCUGAUACUGACAUCAAUGAUCCAGAGAGUUAUGAUCAAGAUUUUGUUACCAAUGACCAUCAUACUGAUACAAAUGAGACUGUACAUGGUUCUUUCAAUCAAGGUCACACUAGAUUUGGAAAAAACAGUGGCAGACAGUGUGUAGCUAACAGUGCAAUGGCAAUGAUGUACAAUCAAAUUAAGGACAUUUCCACAUGGGACAGCUAUGAUCUUGACACAGUUCUUUGUAGAGGAAACAAACUUUAUGAAGAUUCUAUAAACCAGAGACAAUCAACUAGUCGUAGUGCAUACCUUCUUGUGUCAGAUAUUUGUCCAACAGUAGACUUCUUUGGCAAAGAAUAUAGAUUUGUGUCUGGCGAUUCUCUGAGUGGCUUUGUGAUGAAAGAUACUGAAGAAAUUGUUGAUAUUCCACAACAAAUGUGUCUCGAUGCUGCACUUCAAACAAUAUUUUCACAACAUGAUGCUACUUUUAUGACAUUUGGAGGAUCAACAUUUGCUGUGAUAGAAAGAAAUAACAAAUACCACGUGUUUGAUUCCCAUUCUCGGAACACUGAAGGAUUACAAGUCACUAAUGGCACUAGCAUACUUAUCCAAUACACAAGUCUGCUUCAGGUCUAUGAACACUGUUUGAAUCUUGCUCGGUCAAUGAACUUAAAUGCAAAUUCACAAUUUGAAAUGACAGGUAUGAGAAUUACCACUGGUGUAGAGCCACAUGACAACCGGUCUGACAAUGCGAGUGAUACCAAUGACAAUGAUGAUGUAGUGCAUAUUGAUGAACUCGAAGAGAACUCACAGGAUGUAGAGCCACAUGACAACCGGUCUGACAAUGCGAGUGAUACCAAUGACAAUGAUGAUGUAGUGCAUAUUGAUGAACUCGAAGAGAACUCACAGGAUGUAGAGCCACAUGACAACCGGUCUGACAAUGCGAGUGAUACAAAUGAGAAUGAUGAAGUAGUGCAUAUUGAUGAACUCGAAGACAACUCACAGGAUGUAGAGCCACAUGACAAUCAGUCUGACAGUGCGAGUGAUACCAAUGAGAAUGAUGAUGUAGUACAUAUUGAUGAACUCGAAGACAACUCACAGGAUGGUAGUGUGGAAAUGAUUGAUAUUGACACAAAUGUGACUGUACAUGGUUCUUUCAAUCAAGGUCACACUAGAUUUGGAAAAAACAGUGGCAGACAGUGUGUAGCUAACAGUGCAAUGGCAAUGAUGUACAAUCAAAUUAAGGACAUUUCCACAUGGGACAGCUAUGAUCUUGACACAGUUCUUUGUAGAGGAAACAAACUUUAUGAAGAUUCUAUAAACCAGAGACAAUCAACUAGUCGUAGUGCAUACCUUCUUGUGUCAGAUAUUUGUCCAACAGUAGACUUCUUUGGCAAAGAAUAUAGAUUUCUGUCUGGCGAUUCUCUGAUUGGCUUUGUGAUGAAAGAUACUGAAGAAAUUGUUGAUAUUCCACAACAAAUGUGUCUCGAUGCUGCACUUCAAACAAUAUUUUCACAACAUGAUGCUACUUUUAUGACAUUUGGAGGAUCAACAUUUGCUGUGAUAGAAAGAAAUAACAAAUACCACGUGUUUGAUUCCCAUUCCCGGAACACUGAAGGAUUACAAGUCACUAAUGGCACUAGCAUACUUAUCCAAUACACAAGUCUGCUUCAGGUCUAUGAACACUGUUUGAAUCUUGCUCGGUCAAUGAACUUAAAUGCAUUCUCACAAUUUGAAAUGACAGGCAUGAAAAUUAGCACUGAUAUACAGCCACAUGACAAUCAGUCUGAAAAUGCAAGUGAUACCAAUGACAAUGAUGAUGUAGUGCAUAUUGCUGAGGAUGGUAGACUAGAUAUGAUUGAGAUUGACCAAAGUGAUGAUACGGCAUGUGAAACAAAUGAGAAUGAUCAAGAUGAGAUGAUGCAUAUUGAUGAAUGUGACGACAACUCACAAGAUGAAAAGAGACCUGAUCACAGACCAACUAAAAAACCAAAAGGAAAGUAUGCACAGGCAAAAGCUAAAAGAGAAUAUAUGAGAGCCAAAAGAGAAUUAGAGAAAGAUAAUUCUGAAACAUUGAAUUUGAAUGUGAAACAGAGAAGACUUGCAAAAGAGAAUGAAAAGUACAACACUGACCUAGAUUUCAAGAACAGAAAGAAACUGCAAAGUUCAAAUAAAUACAAAGAUGAUGAAGCACACAGGGAAUUUGUCAAAAAAUACAGUACUAACAAAUAUGCUACUGUCUCUGAACACAAGGAAACAGUAAAAGCUUACAGCAGUCAGAAAUAUGCCACAGAUUCAAAACACAGGGAAGAUGUUAAAACGUACAGCAGUCAGAAAUAUGCCACUGAUUCAAAACACAAGGAAGAUAUAAAAUCUUACAGCAGUCAGCAGUAUCGAAAAGAUGCAAAGCACAAGGAGGCUCUAAAAAAUCUCAGUUCAGAGAAAUAUGCAAAGGACGAAAAGCACAGAGAAAAUAAAAAGAACAACAGUAUCGAGAAAUAUGCAAACGAUGAAAAGCACAGAGAAAGUGUAAAAACCAACAGUACAGAGAAAUAUGCAAACGAUGAAAAGCACAGAGAAAAUGUAAAAACCAACAGUACAGAGAAAUAUGCAAACGAUGAAAAGCACAGAGAAAGUGUAAAAACCAACAGUACAGAGAAAUAUGCAAACGAUGAAAAGCACAGAGAAAGUGUAAAAACCAACAGUACAGAGAAAUAUGCAAAGGAUGAAAAGCACAGAGAAAAUGUAAAAACUAACAGUAUCAAGAAAUAUGCAAAAGAUGCAAAGCACAGGGAAUCUGUUAAAUCAGCAAGCAUUGCCAAAUACAAAGCUAGUGGUGAACACAGAACUAAUUUGAAAGAGAGACAAUCUGCCAGGAUUGAGAACUGUCCUUUGGAAACUGUGAAAGAGAUUGUUGACAGAAACAAAGCAAUGUUUGAGAAAGAUGGUGAUGUUAUUGAUGAAGCAGAGGAAUUGUUUGACAAAACAGGUCAAUUGGAAGAUGCUUGGGCUCAAAUCUGUCCAGAAACUGAAUCUGAAAGAAUAGCAUGUGAAGUUGAACACACUUGUACGACCGAUGAGGAAAGUGAAAGUGAAACUGCUAAGAACAUGCCUGAUUUGCUACUGAAGGAUAACACGUUAUCAAAAACAGAGAAUUGA